UACAUUUAAAAGACUUUCGCCAAUGGUAGAUUUUAAUCUAUAAUGUUUAGUCUUAGCGAAGUGUAUUCAUUCAUGGAGCUGUUUAAUUUUCUUGUUUCAUUGACCUUUUUGAUGAUUUAUGAUACUGAUAGUUUAUUUACAGAUUCCUAACAGCAGAUUCGUCAUAUAAAUACCGACCACCCUCUCCCAAGAUGAAGCAGCAUCAGAAAAUGACCUCUCCAACCUCCUCUUCUACUGUUAAUCCUAAAAUUAAGAAACUUCUCCAAAUGAUUGACUGGCCAACACCUCCAUCUACUGUGGAGCAUUUCAAUUUUUCAACCAGUCCCAAGAAGUCCGAAUACCGUCUGUGGAAUCCUCAAGAAUCUUACAAGGUUGGAGAAAAACUACAAGUGGUCAUCACAGCUCGGGAUCAUUAUGGUCACCCAAAAGAGUACGGUGGAGACUUCUUCAGGGUCAAGUUGCAUAACCCAGUUUUGAAGGCUGGAGUCACUGGACAAGUAAACGACUAUGGCAACGGCAGCUAUCUGGCUACCUUCUUGCUUCCAUGGCCAGGAGAAGCCCACAUCCACAUCAUACUCUUCCACUCCAGUGAAGCUGUGGAUAUUUUAAAGAAGAAAAGGGAGAAUUAUCCAGAAAAGGUGUAUUUUAAAGGCUAUUUUUACUAUAAUGGGAGCGGCGAGGUAGUGGAAUGCAACCUGGAGAUUAAAGGAAAGGAUGUGUGCAAGUACCGAGACCCAGUUAGUGGUGACACAUGGCAGUGUGUGAGGCCAAAAAAGCUCCCCUGUGACUCCUGGAUCCAUCACUCAAUGGGUGGGACGCGAACAGUGACCAAUGCCCAGGAAGAUUCUCUUCUAAGUGGCUCUGUUACAUUCCAGGUAAUCAAAGGGUCAAUUCCUCCUAUCAAGGUGAAUUCAGAUAACAGUUCAGUGGCCCUCACAGCCAACCUCCCACCCUGUAAGCCUGGCCUGGAAUCUCCAACACCAUCUGGAUAUUACUAUUUGAACUCCUGGGUCAGUUUGACUUGUUCAGCUAGACAUUUCCCUCGUCCAGCUGAUGCCUUGGCAUGCCUUAAAGGAAAAGACAUCCACAUGUUUGGAGACUCCACACUGCGUCAGUGGUUCGAGUACCUGGAAAUGUUCAUUCCAAGUCUUAAGAGGAUUGAUUUACAUGGAACUUAUAAAUCAGGUCCUCUGUUGGCGGUGGAACCCAAUGCUGGUGUGGCCUUACGAAUGCGCGCUCAUGGACUCCCUCUGAGGACCAGUAAGACCAUGGUGGCUGACCUGCACUAUGAAUCAGCUGACCUGUCUAGGAUUGGUGGAGGACCUCAGACUGUAAUUGUGAUAACCUUAUUCGCUCAUUUCACUACCUACCCUGUAAUGGUCUACUUGGAAAGGCUGGAGAGAGUUCGUCAAGCAGUUGAGUCUCUCCUUUCCCGUAGCCCUCAGACCACAGUAAUAAUAAAAUCUGCCAAUACAGGUUCUAGCGCAGUACAUAUCAGUGACUGGUUGUUCCUUCAAUUGGACAUCUUAUUGAGGGCGACCUUCAAGAGAAUGGCGGUCACCAUUAUAGAUGUGUGGGAUAUGACAUCAUGUCACUACCUGCCCAACAAUCUUCACCCAGGUCCAGAAGUCAUUAGGAAUGAGGUGGACCUUUUUCUGUCUUAUAUAUGUCCAAAAUAAGACAUGGCCUUUACAGGUAGUCCCCCCUGCGCGUCGGAAUUGCAUACAGACUAGGGUUGUCCCGAUACCACUUUUUUUAAGACCGAGUACAAGUACC